AUGAUAUCGUUAAGAAUCAUAGCUACUAAACUUCGAGAAUUGAAUUACUUGAUUUAUCGUCCUAAAUCUACAAUUGACACAUCCAGAGUUCCAGUUUUACGAGAAGAGGAUUUGGAAGAAAUGUUCGUUCGUGGUAGUGGUCCUGGAGGCCAGGCUGUAGCUAAGACUAAUAACAAAGUCGUGCUAACGCAUAAACCCACGGGAAUUGUGAUUCAAUGUCAUGUUUCUCGAUCAUUAUUCAAAAAUCGAGAAGAAGCCAGACGGUUGUUGACUGACAGACUAGACGAGCUACAAAACGGAACUCAAUCCGUGAAAUUACAACAACAGAGGAUCGAGCAGAAAAAAUAUACGGAAGCCAAUCGGCGUAAAUUACGACGCGAUGAGUUAAAAAAAGCAUGGAAGGAGCGGGAGUUUGGAAAAGAAAUCUGAGUAGUUCAAAUGUAGUUUUGUAGCAAAAACAUGUAUUACCAGGAGCUGUAAU